AAAAAAAUGUUUCUUUAUCUGAGUAUAGUGGACACACAUUGUUACAUUAGUUUCAGGUGUACAACAUAGUGAUUCAACUUCUCUAUACGUUAUGCUAUGCUCACCACAGGUGUAGCUACCAUCUAUCACCAUACGACACGAGCACAAUGUCAUCGACUAUAAUCCCCGGGCUGUACCUUUUAUUCCCCUGACUUACCUAUUCCGUUCCUGGAAGCCUGUAUCUCCCACUGGCCUUUACUCAUUAUGCCCACCCCCCACCCCGACUCCCUUCCCUCUGGCAACAAUGAAUUCGUCCUCUGUAUUUAUAGGUCUGAAUCUGCUUUUUGUUUGUUUGUUUGUUUUUUUAGAUUCCACAUUUAAGUGGAAUCAUAUGGUAUUUGUCUUUCUCAGUCUGGCUUACUUCGCUUAGCAUAAUACCCAUUAGGUCCAUCCAUGUUGACACAAAUGGUAAGAUCUCAUCCUUUCUUAUGGCUAAUAUUCUAUUGUGUGUAUAAAUAUAUAUAUAUAUAUAUCUCACACCUUCUUUAUCCAUUCAUCCAUUCAUGGACACUAGUUUGCUUCCUAUAUCUUGGUCUUUGUAAAUAAUGGGCUGCAGUAAACACAGGGAUGCAUAUAUCUUCCCAAAAUAGUGUUUUCAUUUUCUUUGGGUAAAUUUCUAGUAGUAGAAUCACUGGAUCAUAGGGUAACUCUAUUUUUAAUGUUUUCAGGAACCUCCAUACUGUUUUCCGCAGUAGCUGCACCAGCUUGCAUUCCCACCAACAGUGCACGAGGAUUCCUUUUUCUCCACAUCCUCACCAACACUUAUUUCUUGUCUUUUUUAUUUUAGCCAUUCUGACAGGUGUAAGGUGAUAUCUCGUUAUUUUGAAUUGUAUUUCCCUGAUGAUCAGUGAUAUUGAACAUCUUUUCAUGUGUCUGUUUGCCAUCUGUAUGUCUUCUUUAGAAAAUGUCUAUUCAGGUCCUCUGCCCAUUUUUAAAUCAGAUUGCUUUGUGUGUGUGUGUGUGUGUGUGUGUUCCUUUGGCAUGUUUUCUAACUAGUAAAGAACAACAAUAAUGACAAAACAUAUAACCAAGAGGAGUUUCCAACAGUUAGAUCAACAUUAUUUAAAUAGUGGUACUCAUCAAAUACUUUAAACAAUCUGAGCUAUAAGACAUCUGGUUCAUUUCAAUAGCAAUUUUGGCACAAGUUCAACUUUUUUUCUGCCAUAUUUUGGGGACAAGUGGCUAACCUUUUGCAAUAUAAAAUAAGACAAAAUGAUACUUCUACAGCAUACCUUACACAAAAAUUGCUUUCAGAAGUAUGGAAAAUUUAAAGCCAUAGAAGUAUUAGAAUAAAAUGUUGAUGAAUGUGGAUUGUACUUCUUUUAUGGUAUAUGCUCAAUGCAUGUUCCCUAUUCCCAAUGAGAACUGCCCUUUCUCCACAUGCCCCUCUCAAGAUGAGCCCCUUAGAGUCUGUGACUCCAACACUCCCUGGACGCAGCUUAUGUUUUUGGAAUGGAGGGAGGUCGCAGAAUAGGCCAAUCUACUGGGUGGACUGUGUAAUUAGUUUCUCUUUCCCAUGUGUUAAAAUUGAGGUGAAGAGAUGCUUAGUCUGCUCAUCAGUCAUGCCAGAAUGGAGGUGGCCACAAUAUGGAUGAACAGAGUAUCACAGAAGAAGAGGGAAGAGUGACAUGGAUGCUCAGAGAGAAGCAGAGAGAAGUGAAGAGAGUGAAGCAGGACUCGAGCUCUACUUCACCCCGUCUGUCUCUAGAGGUUAUCUUUCUCCACUUCGCAUUGUUCUUCAGAAGAAACACAGGAAACACAGGAAGACAUACCCUAAGACAGCUGGUUUCCCUUCACAGCUCCAGAGAUACAGAUGAAUAUAGACCUCCUGUUUGGAAAUCUUACUUGUAUCAGUUGCAACAGGAAGCCCCUCAUCCUCGAAGAAUUACCUGUACUAAUGAGGUAGAAAACAGACCAAAGUAUUAUGGAAGAGAUGUUUCAUGUCAGAAUGCUAUAGAUGAAUCUGCUGUCUUGGUGUUUCACGGCAUGAUCUCCCGAGAAGAAGCAGACCAGCUCUUGAGUGUGGCUGAGGGGAGUUACCUUAUUCGUGAGAGCCAGCGUCAGCCGGGAACCUACACUUUGGCUUUAAGAUUUGGAAGUCAAACCAGAAACUUCAGGCUGUACUACGAUGGAAAGCACUUCGUUGGGGAGAAGCGCUUUGAGUCCAUCCACGAUCUGGUGACUGAUGGAUUGAUUACUCUCUAUAUUGAAACCAAGGCAGCAGAAUACAUUGCCAAGAUGACGAUAAACCCAAUUUAUGAGCACAUAGGAUACACAACCUUAAACAGAGAGCCAGCAUACCAAAAACAUAUGCCAGUCCUGAAAGAGACACAUGAUGAGAGAGAUUCUACAGGCCAGGAUGGGGUGUCAGAGAAAAGGUUGACAUCACUUGUUAGAAGAGCAACUCUGAAAGAAAACGAGCAAAUUCCAAAAUAUGAAAAGGUUCACAAUUUCAAGGUCCAUACAUUCAGAGGGCCACACUGGUGUGAAUACUGUGCCAACUUCAUGUGGGGUCUCAUUGCUCAGGGAGUGAAAUGUGCAGAUUGUGGUUUGAAUGUUCAUAAGCAGUGUUCCAAGAUGGUCCCAAAUGACUGUAAGCCAGACUUGAAACAUGUCAAGAAGGUAUACAGCUGUGACCUCACAACACUCGUGAAAGCCCAUAUCACUAAGCGACCAAUGGUGGUGGACAUGUGCAUCAGGGAAAUUGAAUCUAGAGGUCUUAAUUCUGAAGGACUGUAUCGAGUAUCAGGAUUUAGUGACUUAAUUGAAGAUGUCAAGAUGGCUUUUGACAGAGAUGGUGAGAAGGCAGAUAUUUCUGUGAACAUGUACGAAGACAUCAACAUCAUCACCGGCGCGCUGAAACUGUACUUCCGGGAUCUCCCGAUCCCACUCAUCACAUACGACGCCUACCCGAAGUUCAUCGAGUCGGCCAAAAUUAUGGAUCCUGACGAGCAAUUAGAAACCCUCCACGAGGCACUGAAGCUGCUGCCCCCUGCGCACUGCGAAACCCUGCGGUACCUCAUGGCACAUCUCAAGAGAGUGACCCUCCACGAGAAGGAGAAUCUUAUGAACGCCGAGAACCUUGGCAUUGUGUUCGGCCCGACCCUGAUGAGAUCUCCAGAACUAGACGCCAUGGCCGCCUUGAACGAUAUACGAUAUCAGAGACUGGUGGUGGAGCUGCUGAUCAAAAAUGAAGACAUUUUAUUUUAAAUUUUAGUUCGCAGGGGAAAAAGUGUUUUACAGAUGAAGGAAUGUUUUAUAGUAAUUUAACUGGCUCUUAUAGCUGAAUUAUUUCUUGGUUAGAAGUUUGGGCAGAUAGCCAGAUUAAAAUGAAGGAACUUUCCACUGUUUCCGUAGCACCGCUCAGCUGUCCUUGUACAACAGUGAACACACGCGCUCCAGUUCUAGUAACCCUGGGUGUUUAUCAUGUUAAGAGAAACUCAAGCUACUGCAUGAUUAGCCCCCUCUUUGGCAAGGGAACCCCACACAAAGGAGACAACAAGCCUGCACCGCCUUUUUGUCCCGGAUAGUCUGUGGUUGUAAUUCCGCAUGUUUCGCAGAGUAAAUCUGUCGUGACUCGCUUUUGGGUUCUAGGUCUUUGGUUUCUGACGCUUCUACAAACGUGCCCACAAAUGGAUGGAACAGCACCUCUGGCUGUCCCGCAUCCCCAUAGACUAGAACAUAGGCCGACUCUCGCAAACGCUGCACUUCUGCUUUCUCCUCGUUCUUCUCUAACAGAGUCCUUUCUUUCCAGCAAAAGCAAAAUGUGUUUUCAGAUUUGUUACUUUAGUCAAUUAUCCACCAAUAAAAAAGUACAAUGCAGAACAUUUUCUGUUAUUAUUGGUUUUUUAGUUGCGAUUUUGUGUUUUUAUCUGGCAUGCAUUUAUUAAUUUAUUAAAUUUGGCUUUCAGAAAUCAAAAA